AAUGAUUUCUUAAUCAGUAAGCGUUUUAAGCUACAGCUACACUCAGGUUUAAGUCGCGCCGCGGAAUAAAACAGCACAACAACAACAACCGAGUUAAAUAAGAACAAAUAAAAACAGCAAAAAUCCCAAAGAAUUUGACAACAAAUUCUUUUAACUUUAACAGAAAUGUGGAAAAUUUUUAUACUCGCUGCCACAUGGACCCAUUUAGUUUGUGCUCAAUGCAAUUUCCAAGAUUGUAAUAGGGGCCAGCCAUUGCCAAUGCCCAACGGACAGCAACAGAAAAGCCCAAUUAUGGAUUAUUAUAACACAAAUAGACCCAAUACUCUGGCUAGUGAAACGCAUACCGCUCAGAGUGUCCAUCCCAAUGCUCCUCCAUCCCAAAUAUAUUUUCCGAACGAUAGCUACAAUGUGCGCGUACCUUCAGAGGUGUUUGAUGCCAGAUUGUUUGGCCUGCUGUCGGGAGCAUUGCAGGAUCGAAAUUUCUGCAUUUCCCCCGUCUCAAUGCAAAUUCUAUUGACUUUCCUAUCAACCGUAUCCGAGGGCAAACUGUUUGACGAACUAUCGCGUCUCUUGAAUCUAGCAAAUGGCGGCCAUACGCAAGUGGCCCAAAUCUAUCGAAUGCUAACCCAAGUUCCACGCAACAAUGACAAUGUGAGCAAUACCCUCAUUCUGGCCAACAAACUGUUCUAUGACUGGCGCUUUGGUGAAACUCAGCCCAAUUUUAAUAAUUAUGCCCAUGCAAACUUUGCCACCGAAGUGAAUUCUAUGGACUUUGUCAAUUCGUUAGCAGCAGCUAACAUCAUUAAUCAUUGGGUAGCCACAAAGACUCGCAAUUUAAUUAAAAACGUAGUCUUCCCCAACUAUCUGAGUCCGGAUACCACAGCCCUGCUUAUAAACUCACUGUAUUUCAAAAGUGAAUGGCAAACUAAAUUUGGAACUUACGACACCGAUUUUCAUCCAUUCCAUCUUAACAACCAGCAACAGGUGCAAGUAGAGAUGAUGUACAACGAAGAUAUCUUCCGCUAUGGGGAAUUCGAGCAAUUGGGCGCCAGUGUUUUGGAGUUGCCCUACAAACUGGAAGAUUUCAGUAUGUUGAUCAUUUUACCCAAUGACAUCGAGGGUUUGGCAGCGCUGGAGAAGCGUUUAUCGACCAUAACAAUAAAGCUCAUAGCGCAUCGACUGGAACGACGGGAAGUUCAAGUAAAGUUGCCAAAGUUUUCUAUAGAAUUUGAUGUGGACAUGGUGCAGCCUUUGCAACACAUGGGCUUAUACUCGUUAUUUAACAAUGACUCUCGCAUCAAUAUAUUCAAAGACCAGACUCAGCGACCUUUAGUGGUGAAUUCGAUAAAGCAUAAAACCUAUAUAAAUGUAAAUGAGAUUGGCACCGAAGCUGCUGCUGCCACUGUUGCCAAGAUAACACCUUUAUCAAUACCUCUCCAGGUGAAGAGUUUUAUUGCAGAUCAUCCCUUCAUAUUUGUAAUACGCAAUUCAAAUGCUGUUUAUUUCAUGGGACAUGUUGUAAAAUUUUAACAAUAUAAAUAUAAAGGCAACAAAUACAAUAAAAAAGAAACUUAGUUAUAAAUAAAAAAUUAA